AUGCCGCGACUUGCUUGUAGUUCCUGCCGGGCAAGCAAGGUUCGGUGUAGGGUCAAGGAAAAUGACACCAGCUGUGCCAGAUGCCUGAGCAGGAACAGCCCUUGCUCUUAUAUGCAACAUGUACGAAGUGUGCGGCCACUGCCACAGAACUCUCAGGCCGAGGCUCGCCCGGCCGCCAAUUCCCAAGUACAGACAGAUUCGUCGAAGGUCCCUGCUGCCUAUCAGCUGUUACAGGAGAACCAUUAUCUUGACUUCGGAAGAGGCCACCCGGAAGAUAUUCUACGAGAAAACGAGUUUGCCUUCUCCUUGGUUCUGCUUUAUUUCAGCAACUUUAAUGACAUCCACUUCAUGUUCGAUGAAGAAACAUUCCUCAGAGAUUUCCGAAUGGGGGAUGUUCCGCCAAUCAUUUUAUACUCCAUAAUGGCACUUAGUAUCCGCUUUUCCCUUGCUCCUUUUGGGGAAGACUUGCCCCCUCGUCAUCGCGGAGAACCUCUGUGGCGGCAUGCGAGAAAUCUCCUCAAAGAUUCCUUUGACUGGCCAUCGACAACUGCUAUCCAAGUCUACGUCUUACUCAGCACGUACAAACUGUCGUUUGGUGGCUCAAGACAAGCAUACCUAUACUUGGGGUAUGCAUCAAACAUGCUGAGGGCAUUGCAAUUUAUGGAUUCGAAUUUCAGCGAAGUUUCCGUGCAGAUGGAGUCGAAGAAACGGCUGGCCUACACGGUCGCUUUGAUGGAUCGGCUCAUGUUUCCCCUGAAGCUGCCCUCGCAAUUCGAGAUUCGGAAUGACCUACCCGAAAUGCGAAGUGAAGAAAGUUUUUGGAUUCUCAAAAAAGGUGGUGAUAUGAGCGAAACGCUUACAAACAGGCCAAGCUCUAUCAGCGUUGAACAGGAAAUCUUCAAGCUCUCUAGCAUGCUUGUUGCCGUUUGCGACAUAUAUCUAGGGAAAAAUUUGAUUUCCACCCUUGAUGAAGCUCAAGAAAAUUUUGAGCAAUACUCCGAUUCGAGGCACCCGCGGUUGUUAUAUACUACCGAUAAUCUAGAGCUUCAAGAAAGCCACGACAACCUCCGCAAGUUCGCUUAUAUGCAUCUCCUAUACCACCACAUUGGGCAGAUUCUCUGCUUUCGUGCAUUGAAAUCCGCGAAAUACGACGCGUUCCCAUCCUCUGGAGAUGACCAAAGAUAUUCGUUGCAAAGCUUAACGGAGCAGUGUUAUGGACACGCCUCAGUGAUUGUCCGCAUUAUAACACAUUGUUCUGAACGCGGGUUUGACAUACAUAACUUUUCUUUUGGUCAGAUAUUGACAGUCUCGACUGUCAUCCUAAGCCAUGCAUUGUUUUGGGCUGAAUCUACAGAAGCUGCAGAUCAAUUACAGGACGAUUUGAAUAUCCUACUUGAGUGCGUGGAGCGUCUAAAAAACCACACAAGAAUGUUCCUUUGGGUGCUUCAACAUCUAGCAAAUUUCACAAGAGUCCGGAACCAGAAUAGAAAUACGUGGAUUCGCAUUGUGGACCAAAACACCCGCAUUCUAAGUCAGAUGCUCUUUCUCGGGAGUCAGUGGGAGUCCCUGGAGCCUACUACUGGAGGUGAGCAAGAUCGAGCCCUGGGGUAUCGUUUCCCACUAGUAUUUGGCCUUGACAAUAAUUUAGCUCGCCGCCCUGGACUCGGAUCCCUUCCUAUUACUAGCGAACACUUAGCUGGCUCUAGGCUGCCCAUUAUUGACCACGAGGACGCCCAAGCGAAUGAGGCGACUUCACAGAUGCAAUUUAGUCCCGGAAGUGGCAUUGAAUGGAUGUUCAUUAGUUAG